UUCAGUCAAACGUACACCCUUCAAAGUGUUGCCAGUUCGAAAACAUGUAUUCAAAACUUAACGCAGUGGGAGUAUUGAUUACAUUGAUUUUGUGCUUCAAAUUCGCCUACUCAAUAUUCUGUUACGACUGUAACAGCGCCUUCGAUCCGAGAUGUGGGGAAGAAUUCGACCCAUUCAGCCUCGGGGUCGUGAAUUGCUCUUUAAGGGACCCCCCGGAGCACAUAGACCCUGUUGCACCAACUUUCUGUCGUAUGAUUAAGAUGGAGAUUUAUGGCAAAGUUCGAAUUGUACGAACAUGCGGCUUUCUCGAAGAAGAAACAGGAGUACAUAUGUGUAAAAGACAAACUGGCAACGGCGAUCUGUUUGUGACUUACUGCACUUGCAACACAGAUCUCUGUAACGGAGCUCCUAAACUCGGCCAUAACAUGGCACUAAUUUUAACAGCCUAUGGAAUUUUAAAAUUGAAAAAUAUAUUAUAAUCUUAUCAGAGUGUUCCUAUUUAUUUUUGUAAAAGUGUUAUUAAUUAUGAAACUUGUAACUGCCAGAUGAUUGAAAUAAUUAAAUAUGUACUUGCCCAUGAAUUAAAUCAUGUUAAUAAUA